UUCAUUCCUUCUUAAGACACCUUUCCACCAUGAGAUCUGUCUUACUGAGACUCUCGCUGGUCUGCGGUGCAUGUAGCUCUCACCUUCUGAAACGUAUCUGCUGCUCCAAAGAUGAAACUUCAUUUUAUUUUCAGUACGCUUGUACUGGCCCAUGUAAUAACUGAGUGUGUCUGGGCACAGUACACACCGACCACAGUGGUGAAAUGCCAAGGAGAUUCCUUCAACCUCAUGUGUACUGACAAUUUGAAUGAAGAUGAUUUUAACGAUUACUCAUGCAGUAUGGUACCAAACAGAGGUCAGAAAGAUGGGAUGGGUGGACAUGAAGUGAACAACCACCAAGAAUAUGAAAACUUAUUCUUUUUAUUUGUAAAUGUGCAACCUACAAAUUCAGGGACCUAUACAUGCAAAACUGGCAAUGGUAACACUCUGUGCAGCAUAAAUCUGACUGUUACAGCUGAUGGCACAUGUACGAGUAAUGUUAACAAUGUAUCUUAUGGUGUCAUUGCUGCUAUUGUGGUUCCAGUGAUCCUAGGAGUUAUUAUCAGCAUCAUUAUCUGUUUGCUGUACUGGAAAAGAGCAUACGUGUCACAGGUGGUGAAGAAAACCUUAGAAACUCAGGUGAAGCCAUCGGUGGACAACACUUAUGAAGAACCCAAGACUGUUCCAUACUACAUAGACAUUCAUUCAUUUCCUUUUGAAAAAGAAAAUGUGUAAACAGUACACAAAUGCAUAAAACUCAAGCAGUUUCAUGAAGAUACUUGUCCGAAAAUCUCUUUGGCUAAAUGCCACUGUAUUUUAAAAAGAUAUAUAUGUAUAUGUUGUCGGUCUCUAAUACAGUCUUGGAGGUAAUUAUUUAUUAUUUAACAAAUAUGCUACCUUAAUAAGAGUAUUUUUAAAAAUGUAAGUCCUAUCCAUGCUUGUGGAGGCUGAAUUAGAUCCAUACAUCAUCUGUUUAAAGCCUUAUCCAAUACAAAAGGGUCAAAAGAAGAAGACAGAUCUGUAUAGGUGGGAUGAAGAUCAGGAUUUAAAUGAAAAAGUCUUACUUGUCUUCUAGGAAACUAUAGUGAACUGUGAAAAUUGUCUACAGCACAUGUAAUAGUAUGAGUGACAGAAAGUUGCUAAGACAAGGGCAAUAUUAUUAGCUCAGGCAUCGGAGGAGGCUUGUCAUUAAUCAAAUACAUCACUAUUUAAUGUGAUAUUUAAGGAUACUACUAAGAGUUGUAAAAGUGGAAAAAUCCCCAUGCUGGCAGAUGACCAACAACCAUUUUUGGCAUUGAAAUGUUAAAGAAGGACCUGCCUUGCAAAUUCACUGUUUGUGGUUAGCAGUGUGGUGGUGAAAGUUCCAUUAAGAGGGAAAACAAGUCACAAACAUAAACGUGUGUGCUUAAAUACAUAGAUAAAUUUUUCAUUUGCUGAAUAAUAAGGACCCUGAGUUCUGUGUGGAGAUCACUGAGAUCUUCAGUUCCUCCUAUAUCUAAAAAACACAGGGAUCACAUUGCAACUGGCUAGAGCUGUCCAUAAAUUUUGUCAAUCGAUAGUGGUGUUGUGAUUAGAAAUUAUAUUUUUUAUAUGAAGGAAUGUUUCAAUGGUGUUUAUUUUGUCUUUUUAUCUGAGUGGCAGAGUUUGAAGAUGCAAUCCAGAAACCAAAACCAAAUACGAGUGAGGGGCAGACAAUUGUGUGAACGUCUUUAAAAGGGGCAAGACAAGUGCAUACAUCAGAAAUCUGAAAUUCUUAACAUGGGAAAAUGUUUUAUCUUUGAUCACAAAAAGAAGCUCUUUUAUGAGAAUGUUUACAUACAGAACUAGAAGUUAAAAUAAAUAUAUACUGUAGGAUAUACCAGAAAUACAGAUGAAAGAAAAUGCCACAAUGCUGAUGGAUCUAUGAGAUUUAAAAUGAUAAAUGUCAAGCUUUAUUCAAUGUGUAAUGGUGGAGAACUACUGGAAUUGGAUGAGAGGACCUCCAACUGACCAGAUGAAAGGUUCUAUUCUAGUCAGACAAGAUUACUGAAAGAGUCUACUUGUUUUAGAUAUUAAAAUAAAUUUGAGGAGCUUAUCAGAAUAGUAGUUCACAAUUAUGAAUCUAUGACUCAGGCAAUGGAGUUUAAAACCCAGCCUGGUCACAGUCUGUCGAGGUUGCACAUUGUCUUUUUGUCUGUGUGGGUUAUUCUCCCAUAUUCUAAAGCCAUGUGAACUGGCAGAUCUAAAUGGUGCGUAUUUCCUGUGACACACUGGUAUUCUGCAUUGUUACCAAAUAGAUGUUAGCUUUUAUACAGAGAAUGAAGCAUGGGUUGACUUCACUACAUAAUGCCCUUUAUCCAAUUAAUAUGUAUUGUCACUUUAACUACAUUUCUUUGAUUUCUGCUGAUUAACAUAUAAACUAAUCAUAGUACAUGAAUGAGAUUAUUUUUUACCUAUUUAGGUCACAAAAAAGUGGCCUAAUGCUGCCCAGUGUAUCACAGCUGUUUCUGAAUUGAAGAACACUGCCUCAUUUUCUAGUGUUAUUCUCCGCUCUCCUCGUGUUCAUAUUGGGAUUAGUGGACUGGCAACUUUACACUGUCAUGGUGUUUGUGUAAGUCAAUGCCUGAGUAAGCCCAGUGAUGGGGUGGCAUUCAGGCAUUCUGUCCAAAGGCUCAUCUUGCUGUUGAGAAGAGCCAGUAUAGAAGAUGAAUUAACAGAAUACCACAGGAGGAAAAAUAUGUCCCUACUAUGUAGACUUUUGUGUAGAUGUUUUGUACUACUGUGUUGAGCUCUCUCAUAGGGUGCUCUGUCUGUUCAUUUAUUGUAAUUCUCUAUGGGAUGUAGAUCUUUUUGUCUCAUUCGGGUAAAUUCUGCUUUACUAGUCUGUGGAUAAGUUAAUAAAAAGUCAAUACAACAUCGAA